UUAUCGGUCUGACGCGACACCAAUACAUCAGAAACAGCAUUGUCUUAUGUUCUCACGAGAUUGGCGCAAAAAAACCUAGAUGCCAUGGUUUGUUUUUAGCGUCACGUCCGUCCAAGGAAUCGAAGAUGGCCGCUAUUUUACCAACAGGAUUAAGGAACGGGAUGAAAGGCCUGGACGCCAACCGUUACGCGACGAAGAAAACCGUAGCGCAGGGAAUGCUAGAUAUUGCUCUAUUGACAUCGAACGCCUCCCAAUUAAAGUACGUACUCCAGGUUGGACCGAAACACGAAUUCUACACGCUUCUGGUUGUUUUGAUCUCAAUAUCAAUUGUUCUUCAGUUGGUCUCAGCGAUCGUAGCGGUCCUUUUGAGCAGCAUUUUCAACAUAAAUCACCAAGCACACCAACGGAAUGCCAUUAUCUUAAACAAUGUUAAUUUAGUUUUUAAAAUUUUUAGUAUCACUGUCAACGUUGUUAUAAGCAUAUUUUACUCGAUGCAAAUUGAUAUUGAAGCUCAGAGACAACUUUUAUCUUAAUAUUUAACAUUUUUAUUUCUUUUUGCUACAUACAUAUAUGUAUAGAUAAUGACAGCUUUGCUGGUAAAUAAUUAUUAUGCUGCCUCUCUAAUGUGAUUAAGUAUUAAGACAAUCUAGUGUUCGUCCGAUGACGGAAAUUCUCCCACAUUCACUGACUUCAAGACUCAGAUUCAUUUAUGCAUUCCAUUUUCUCUUUUGUUUUAGACAGACUGAUUCUUGCCAAAAAAUAUUAUUACUUCUGAACUCGAAGAUAUAAAAAAAGUAAAAUCAGUUGAUAAACAAAAGAGUAAACGGUGCCUAACUGAAUUGUGUAUCAAUACUAUUUACGUAUGAUUUAUAUAUUUAAACAUAUAUUGACAUAUAUUUAACCUAGUGAGGUUCGCAGGGAUCCACUGGAUUCAAGCAGCGCAGGACCGAUCUUUGUGGCGAGGCUUGGGGAAGCCCUAUGUCUAGCACUGGACGUCUGCGGGCUGAUAGAAUAGAAAUAUAUAUUUAAAAGGCGACAGCCUUACAUUAAUAGACAAACAUUUAAAAAAAUGCAACGUAAAAUUAUUCACCAAGGAAUAGGUUAUAUAGCACGAUAUAAGGUAAACUGCUACUAAAAAGGUAAUGCAAUAGUUACUAUUGAUUUAAAUAUAUAUAUAUAUAUAUAUAGUUACUAUUAAAUUUAUUAAGAAUUUUGAAUGCUUUUCAUUUUUGAAUGAUCAUAAUUGGUUAUCGAGUAAUUUAAGGUUAGAUACACCUAGAGUUUAGCGAGAUCAUGGAAUCCACACUGCUAUUGUGUUGCAGUGUUACUUACAUUGGUAAACAAUUUAUCCGUUGCGAUUAUUAUAAUGUUUACGUAUCAAGCGUCAAUGGUGAAACUUUUGUAUUUAGAGUGAAGUAUACCCCGUACGGAGCGGUAAUUUAAUAAUAGUAACUAUUAAGUUUAUUAAUAUUCAUUAAUUAUUAUUUGAUCAUAUUACUUUAUUCAAUUACUGUAUUAAUCAAGUAAGAGUACAUAUGUAUUUAAAUUCUGUUGGUUUUAACCUACUUGGCAAUAAAC